UCAGUUGCUUUAGUGCUUCAGUGCUUUUUUUUCUCGCUCGUUUCUCCAAAGGUGUUUUGGCUUAGUAAAAAAACGUGCUUCUGACUUAUCUUUUAUAUCUGACAAAUAUUUCUGAUGUUACUUUGAUGUUUUUUCUAACGGUUAUUAUUAAACAGCCAAUAUUUAUUAAAUUACAAUAAAAGCAAAACAGAAUUGUAGGUGCGUAGUACAUUUUCGCUCCAUUGACUAAGGUGUAUGUGCAUGCUGGUGAAUUUCAUGUGCCAAAGUUUUCGUUUUCCUGUAAAAUAUAAUUGAAACCCUAAAAGCCAAUAUGUCAUAUUCAACAGCGGACAGAAAUGGAUUUGAAAGUACUCUUACUGAAGAAGAUAACCUACGAGACGGUUUGUCUUGUGAUGAAUUGUUCGCCAAUACGGACGGUCUGACAUAUAACGAUUUUCUAGUAUUGCCGGGCUAUAUAAAUUUUGCUGCCGAUGAGGUUGAUCUUACUUCACCGUUAACAAAGCAGAUUCAUUUAAAAGCUCCCUUGGUAUCAUCUCCAAUGGAUACUGUAACUGAAUCCGAUAUGGCUAUAGCCAUGGCUUUAUGUGGCGGUAUUGGCAUUUUGCAUCAUAAUUGUACACCGGAAUAUCAGGCCAAUGAAGUACAAAAAGUUAAGAAGUACAAGCACGGGUUUAUACGUGAUCCUUUUGUAAUGUCACCGGAAAAUACUCUUGGUGAUGUGCUGGAAGCAAGACGCAAAAACGGUUUCACCGGAUACCCCAUCACCGAUAAUGGCAAAUUGGGAGGAAAACUAUUGGGCAUUGUUACCUCGCGGGAUAUAGAUUUUCGCGAAAAUCAGACAGACACAAAAUUGAGCGCUAUAAUGACCACAGAUCUUAUCACUGCUUCAAAUGACAUUAAUCUUUUGAAAGCUAAUGAAAUUUUAGAAAAUAGUAAAAAAGGCAAGUUACCUAUCAUUAAUCAAGAUGGCGAAUUAGUGGCUCUCAUUGCGCGCACGGAUUUGAAGAAGGCUCGUUCGUAUCCUAGUGCUUCAAAAGACAGUAACAAGCAGUUAUUAGUUGGCGCAGCUAUCGGAACCCGCCCGGACGACAAAGACCGUUUGGAAUUAUUAGUAGCCAGCGGAGUUGACGUAAUUGUAUUAGAUUCUUCACAAGGCAACUCUGUUUACCAAAUUGAAAUGAUCAAAUACAUUAAAAACACUUAUCAAGAUUUGCAGAUAAUAGCAGGAAACGUGGUAACACGUGCACAAGCCAAAAACCUCAUUGAUGCUGGUGCAGAUGGUUUGCGAGUUGGAAUGGGCUCGGGUUCCAUUUGCAUAACGCAAGAAGUAAUGGCGUGUGGCUGUCCUCAGGCCACUGCUGUUUAUCAGGUAUCUAGAUUUGCCAGAAAAUUCGGGGUACCCGUCAUUGCUGAUGGUGGAAUCCAAUCUAUAGGUCAUAUUGUUAAGGCUUUGUCUUUAGGUGCUAGCGCCGUUAUGAUGGGUUCACUUUUAGCAGGAACCUCUGAGGCACCUGGUGAGUAUUUCUUUUCUGACGGAGUUCGGUUAAAGAAAUACCGGGGCAUGGGCUCUGUAGAAGCUAUGGAAAGACAUGAUGGCAAAGGUGCCGCAAUGUCUCGUUAUUAUCACAAUGAUAUAGACAAAUUAAAAAUAGCACAAGGCGUUAGUGGGUGCAUCGUAGAUAAAGGUUCCAUUCUACGGUAUCUACCUUACCUCGAGGUGGGAUUGCAGCACAGCUUGCAGGACAUAGGUGUACCAUCUGUUAGUGCACUAAGAGCAUCGAUUUAUAAUGGGAAGCUUCGUUUUAUGAAACGUACACAUUCCGCCCAAGUAGAGGGCAACGUACAUGGUCUUUUUUCUUACGAAAAGCGACUCUUUUAAACACAAUUGUAACGAAGCAUAAUAAACACACUACGGAACGGAUGCCAACCGACGGACGCAUAAAUACAUUUUAUUAUAUUAGAAAAUAGCAUAGCAUUACCCAUAUAUGGGCUCCUGGGCUCUUCACUUAUAUUAUGCCAUAUUCUAUAUGAGAUUAAUUAACUAAAUGUUAUUGAAAAUUAUAAAGAAGUUCUAUACAUAAAUAA